AUUUUACCAAAAUUGAAACAUGUCUACCAUUAUGUACUCCUUUCGGAGUCAUUUCUUCAAGCACCUUUCAUCCACCACUACUCUUUGUGCCAGCUUCUUCUCCGGCCGCCGUAUGUGCCGACCCCAAACACAUUCCUGGUUUACAUCUUUCACUUAUACCCCAACCCCCCAUAUAACUAGAAAACACCAGGGCAGGUUCAUUACAACUGGCGCAGAACUGUCAACGCCAUCAUCCUCUUCUGCACCACUGCUUCCUUCGAAAGCUUCGGGUGGAGACUCACUCACUUCAUCUUACCUCUCUGUCAGCAUUCGCUGCGUAAAGGAUGUUUCUGAUAUGCUUUCAGAGGCUCUUCUGUGCUAUGGAGCCAGUUCAACAACAGUGGAUGAAAGUGAGGAUGGAAAUGAGGUUUGCGUGGAGUCUAUAUUUUCUGUUAGUCAUGAUGUGAAGCAGUGCAUUUCUCUUGCUUCCAAUUCCAUUGGUUUGGAAAAUAUUCCCAGCUAUCAAGUGGUGGUGCACAACCAAUCUGAUUGGAUUAGAGCAGUUCAGGACUCUUUUCAACCAGUGAAAGUUAUGGAGGGACUUUGGAUUGUACCUGAGUGGGUAUCUGUUCCGGAUCCUCGAGCAACGAAUAUUAUUCUAAAUCCUGGUUUGGCAUUUGGGACUGGAGAACACAGUACUACUAAAUUGUGUCUCUUCUUGCUGCAUGAUAUAAUAAAAGGAGGAGAGACCUUCUUGGAUUUUGGAACAGGCUCAGGUAUCCUUGCUAUUGCUGCAAUCAAGUUUGGCGCUGCACUUUCAGUGGGUUUUGACACAGAUGCCGAAGCAAUUACUGCAGCUCAACAUAAUGCUUCUCUGAACGGUAUUAGACCUACGAAAUUCCUGCUCAAACUUGUUCCUGAAUCUAACAGCCUGCAAAUUGGUACUAGAUUGAGCGCAGAAAUUAGCACGCGGGAUAAGAAAAAUAUAGAUGUGUUCUAUGAGAAAGAGAAAUAUGAUGUGGUUAUUGCAAAUAUACUGUCAAAUCCUCUUAUCGAGUUAGCAAACCAAAUUGUCUCCUAUGCUAAGCGUGGAGCAGUUGUAGGAUUAUCUGGGAUCCUUUCAGAGCAGGUAUGAUCACGUUGCCUUUAGAAGAGAGGAUAAAUAUAUACAGCAAUUUGAAUACCAUUACACUGGGAAUGGUUCAGCCUUUGUUGUUAGCCAUGAGGGACCAAAUAACAGGAACAAAAACAUAAAGAAACAAAAAGAGAAUGAUUCUUGAUCUGAGAUCCUACAUUGGGGAACCUUCUUAGAAGCCAACAUUCUUUUGAUUUGUAUGCAGAUCCCAUGCAUCCUGGAAUGUUAUUCAGAAUUACUUGAAGACAUGAAGGUCUCCAGUAUGGAUGACUGGGCAUGCAUACAUGGAUUCAAGAAAUAAAACAGCUGAAGUCUUUGGUCUGCGACUAAUUUAUUAGGCACGAUGUAUUUGGAGUGAAAGACCCUUAUAGUCUCACACGGACUAAGAAAAUAUGUUUGGUAGAUAAUACUUGCAUGCUACCUUCAGCCCUAAAUUUAGGUGAAACCGCUG